AUGCCACCAAAUGUCGACGACUUCCCGACCGACUUUCUAUCGCACGAGGCGGAUUUUGUGGAGAAUAAGAUGGCAAUUAAUAAUUGUAUCAGUGAUAUUUUACGUAAUGGAGUUCAUGCAGUCUCCAACGCUUCACAGAUUGCUCAAGCUAAUGUGGUAGAAGCUCAGCGCUGUAUGAAACUCAUGACGGUGGAAAUGCGAGGGCGAGCGCCCCAUUUGAAGAAAAGCAUGCAAACAAAGAUCAAUUUGUAUCGAGAUGAGUUACAAGGUCUUAUUCGUGACUUGGAACGAGCACAACUAAUGGCACGGGAGGAGAAUACCACGUCAUCUGCAGCUAACCAGAAGUCGCAGUACGAACGUCUGAUCAAAAACAAUGAUCGACUAACCAAGUCUUCCAAGAAAUUAGAAGACACACAUCGGAUCGUUGCCGAGACGGAAGAGGUUGGGAUAACUGUACUGAACACACUGGCACAGCAGCGUGAAAGUCUCCUAGGAACCCACGAAAAAGUCCGCGAGACGGGGGCAAUGACAACUGAAGCACGGCGAAUUCUGCAGCGCAUGACGCGUCGGAUCAUCACCAACACUAUUGUUUUGUACACGACCAUCUUCGUGCUUAUUGCCGCUAUCUGCUACGUACUGUAUGUCGACUUCAUCCGUGCCACUCGCUGGUUCUAA